AUGGUUACUUGUAAAGACCAAGAUGGGGCGAGCCCUCUUGAUAUGGCCGUUAAGAAAUAUAACAUAAAGCUAAUGGUGAAGCUAUUGUCCGUUUCUCAACAACCAUUAGAGACUUAUAUUCAUAAGGUGAACUCUCCCAGGCUUUUGCGUGAAUCUGCCUCUGAGGGAAAUUUAGAAAUUGUGGAAAGACUGUUGGAGAAAGGAGCAGAUCCACGUGCUUGCGACGAUCAGGGUCAAACAGCUUUGCACCACGCUUCUAUGUGUGAAAAUGACUACAAUGCAUUUAAGGUAACUGAGUUAAUGCUCGCCAAAUGUACAAGCAAAGAAGAGAAAGAAAAAUGGGCAAAUAAACUAGAUGAUAAAGAUCAAACGGCUCUCUCUCUUGCAGCUAUGAAAGGACACGAACGCCUCUGUGAGCAUUUUUGUGAAUUAAAUAGAGACAAGCUACAAAUCAAAGAUGCAGGUGGACGUGGCCUUGUCUAUGAGGUGGUUAAAGGAGGCAACCAGGAUAAUCAAAAUAUCAUUCUCUCUCUACCUCUUAUGGGAAGUAUAGAAUCCAUAAUUGACUGGAGCAGGAGAGAAUCUGUAACUGACAACAGCAGGCAGACAUUACUACAUGUCGCUGCUUCAACGGGUAGAUUGUAUAUCACGGAUGCCCUUCUCCAGUGGUCAGAUAAUCCUAAAGUAUAUGUGAGGACACCAGACAUCCUUGGACAGACGGCGCUUCAUAAAGCCGCUAAAGAGGGACAUGCUGAUACGGUCAUAGUUUUGUUACAUUGGGGAGCUCAACCAUUACUGGAAAGAGAUAGUGAUGGACGAACGGCACUUCAUUGUCUUGCGCAGAACAAAUCGGAAGGCCAAGCAAAGGCAGUGGCUGAAUUGCUGUUAAAGAAUUGUGGGUCCGAUGAAAAGAAAUUGCUUUUUCUGUGGGCCUCUGCUGCAGGGUUAGGCACUGCAGACGAGCAUCUAGGCGAUUCUCCACUUAAGAACUUUCUCUUACAACAAAAGGAGCAUUUCACUAAAAAGAUAGGGAAGGAAAACAAUCUGUUAAGGACAGCUGCGUGUCUUGGUGAUGUUGAGAUGACCAAAGAAUUGCUUACAAGGGAUGCUCGAAUCGGCGACAUCCAGGACCAAAACUGGUUACAAGGUUUAAAAAAUAAAAAAGAGAGAGAUAAUGUUGAGACAGUAUGUAAGCAAAUUCAGAGUAUUGUAGAACAAGGAAACUAUCAGCCAGCCAUAUCUGACUAUCUGGGAAGAAGAGACUUUGCAUAUGGUCUUGCGGCAUUGUUUUUGAACCCUUAUUUAAAACCUCCUAUUACAGUGGGUAUCUCUGGUAGUUGGGGCAUGGGUAAAUCGAGCCUCAUGUUACAGACAGAAGGCAUUUUGUUGAAGACAGCUGCACAACUGGCAUUAUUAUUGCCAUCCGAAAUGACCAGCUCAGUGAUGACAAGUUCGAGUUUUCCGGGCAUUCAAAAUUUGGAACGAUCAGCAAAGGGCCAAAACAAAUAUCAACAAAUCAAGAAAACGGUGGACUUGCUCAACAAUGACGAAAAUGAAAAAGACUCAGUUCGCAAGUGUUUAAACCAGUACGAUGCUAAAUAUCAUAAUAUAUAUAAAUCGCUAGCUGCUAUGGAAAGCAGUUACAUGUUCGAAUCAAAAGAUGAACAAUCAAAGUCAGAAGUUGAUUCUCCAAUAGAGGGAAGUGUCCCCGCUAUUUUAACUGUGCAAUACAAUGCAUGGAAAUACAGGAACGAAUUAGAAGCAUUAGCAGGCAUCGCAGUGGAAAUCACAAAAGAAAUGGAAGGAAUAAUGACAGAUGCCCAGUGGUUGAGCACGUGUUUGAGAAAUACUUGGCUAAAGCAGAAACAGGUUAUUUGGAUUGAGAUUAUCUUUCCAUGCCUCCUUGCAGCUCUAUUGGCCAUUUCAUUUACAUGGAUUUUAUGGCUUGUGCUAGAUAAAUACAAGUUCAAAGAUUCAAUUGAGAUAAAAUAUUCAUCUUUGCCUCUCACUAUAAUAAUUAUGGUCUGGACUCUGGUAAAGAAAGAGAUGAGUACUGUAAAUCCUGUGAGUGUUCAAUUAAUGAACUAUAUAAAACUUCCCGACCAUGCAGAAAAGCUUGGUUAUCAAGAAAGGGUCAUAUCUGAUAUAAAUUUCUUGAAAGAGGAAAUUAGCAAAAAACCAUAUUCCCUGUGCAGUGUUGCUUCCUACAUAUGGCAUUGCAUGACACAGUCCUGUAUUAUUUCAUUGCUAUCUUGUCAAAACCGUGGAGAUAUCUUGGCUAGUUCAAUACCAAGUGCUAAUCUAAGAAUAGUUUUAUUUGUCGAUGAUCUUGACAGGUGUCAAGAAUCUGUCAUUCUUCAGGUUUUGUCGGCUAUUAAUCUUGUAUUAGCAAUCUGCAAAAUCAAUGUCAUUCUCGGCAUGGAUAAAACCAUACUCCAACGGGCUAUAAUGAAAAAGUAUGGAGACAAAUCCUCAAAACAAAACAAGAAGUUGGCAAAUAUGUACUUACAAAAAAUAAUACAACUGCCAUUAGACCUCCCUGAUUCCAGUGAAGUGCAAUCAAAGAAGUUUUUGGACCAACACUUGGGAGUUUUCCAAAAACAAAAGUCAGCAAGCCAAACACAAUCAGAAGCAGUUGAAGAAGAUGAUUCCGUAGCAGAAAUAGAAAUAGAAUACAAUGCUUUAUUUUCUCUUGAACGGUUUCGGGGAUAUAAACCUGACUUUACAAAGAUACUUGGCUUGGUGACUCCUACUUCAGGUGGUGGUACUUCAGUAGAGACAGGAGAAAAUCUACCAGGAACACAAACAGGUGUUUCAAAAGAGGUUGCGAUAACUGUGCAGAAUGCAGGUGAUAGUAACUCGAAACAAAUGGGUCCCAUUCAAACCUUAUGGCAAACAGUAAUGAAGGUUGCCGCAAGUAUGAAGUGCAUCAAUCUUUCCAAAACUGGUCACAUUCAAACCAACCAUGGAACAAAAGCUCCACAAGAAGCAAACAUGGAUAAAGGUGAUAAAAGUUCAAGCGACUUCAUUCCUAUAAGGCAGCUGCUGUUCAUGACGUACAGUAAAGGGGAGAAAAUUGUAUUUGAUUAUUUUCAAAAAAUGGCUACGGAUUUCAGAAAAUUACCUCGAGAGUGGAAGCGCCUCUUGAACUACCAUCGGCUUUUGUGGAAUAUCUUUCUGAUAAAUAAUGAAGCCAAACAUUUGGAUGGGUGGCAGGUUCAGUUGAUAACAUGGAUAUUCAUUUGUUGGGAGUGGGAGGAAAAUAUAAAUAUCCUUAUAGAGAAUUGGGACAGGCUUCGUGCUCUUGAAGAUGAAGGAAAACCUUCACUCCGAAAGAUUGUAGAUCAUUUUAUAAGAAAUGAAAGAUGCAUUAUUGCAGAAGAUAACAGUGAAAAGGACAAAGCUUUGGAUAAUUCUUUAAUCAAAGAUACAAAUGCACAAAAAUUGGAAGUAGACAAGAAAGAGGAGGGAAUUUCUAAGAACAACGAGGAUCCUGAAAGUAGCAACUCGGAACCAUCAAAAUUGGAAGCUUCUAAAAGUCAGCUGAUUGCACCAGCGGAGCCCCAAGGAGAUGCCUUUGAAGCUAGAAAUUAUUCUGAAGCAUCAAACUAUGAACUUGCGGUGAGUUCCCUAAAGAUGGAAAUGACAGAUAAAUUGGAUAGAUUUGGGAAGCUGCAAGAGCAGUUGGAUAGAAUGGAGAAGCUGCAAGCAGAACUGAAAGAGCAGGUGGAUUCCAUAGUCAAGCAACGACAGGUCCGAUGGAAUGAGAAGAGCCCCGAGGAAAAGAAAUUGAAGUUAGAAAGUUGGAGGAAAUUGAAGUUCGCAUUAAAAAGGUAUGAUGUGUCAAUGGAUGGUAUACAAGCUUUCCAAAGGUUUAGAUUCUACUGUGUGGCUGGGCAUCUCCCAUGGCCAUUGCCUCAGAGGAGAGUUGCAGAUAUAGAAGAUGGAAGUAGAAAGCUAGGGAUUGUAAACACUAGUUUGAGUUUUAAAGAUCAUUGAUAUUUGAAGAAGCGGCCACUAUAAUAGCCUACCUCUACAUUGAGCGCAUAUAUGAUAGUUGAGAACUUGGUUUAAAGAGAAACAAGUUGCAAUUUGUGAAAGCAGUUGUAGCUAAUUUAAAUUAAUCUCCUUUUCUACA